UCAAAGUAAACUGGUUUAUGCAGAUACCAAUAGAAAUUGUAGUUUUCGUAAUCAGAAGUCAAGUCAUCCAUGUCAUAUGAAUAAUGAUUUUUCAUGUAAAUCUAGAAAUGUGCUACAUUAAAUUUAAAAACCACAAUUGAAUGCUUGUUUCUCCAGUGCCCCUCUUUUAAAAUUGCGUUCAAAUUUCUUCCUAAAGGGUUUAUAAAUUAUAUAAUUUAAGAUACACGGCAUAUUAGUACACUCCACCCCACAACCAACAAUGUAUUUGCUUUGCCUGUAGCAAGAAUUAUUUUUUCCAGGAUCCUGAUUGGUCAAAAAUAACAGUGGGAGGAGUGUUCAGCAGGGAAAGGGGAGAUGUACCUCUGUAUAUAAACAGGGGCUCCAGGUGAAGUCUCUCAUCUACAGGAUCACACAGCAACCAUGAGGUCUCUGGUCUUCGUUCUGCUCAUCGGAGCUGCUUUUGCCACAGAGGACGACAAGAUCGUCGGAGGGUAUGAGUGCACACCUCAUUCCCAGCCCCAUCAGGUGUCUCUGAACUCUGGCUACCACUUCUGUGGAGGCUCCCUGGUCAACGAGAACUGGGUUGUGUCUGCUGCUCACUGCUACAAGUCCCGUGUGGAGGUGCGUAUGGGCGAGCACAACAUCAGGGUCAAUGAGGGAACCGAGCAGUUCAUCAGCUCCUCCCGUGUCAUCCGCCACCCCAACUACAGCUCCUACAACAUCAACAAUGACAUCAUGCUGAUCAAACUGAGCAAGCCCGCCACCCUCAACCAGUAUGUGCAGCCUGUGGCUCUGCCCACCAGCUGUGCCCCCGCUGGCACCAUGUGCACAGUCUCUGGCUGGGGCAACACCAUGAGCUCCUCUGCUGACAGGAACAAGCUGCAGUGCCUGGACCUCCCCAUCCUGUCCGAUAAGGACUGUGAUAACUCCUACCCUGGCAUGAUCACUGAUGCCAUGUUCUGCGCUGGAUACCUGGAGGGAGGCAAGGACUCUUGCCAGGGUGACUCUGGUGGCCCCGUCGUGUGCAAUGGUGAGCUGCAGGGUGUUGUGUCCUGGGGCUACGGAUGUGCUGAGAAGAACCACCCUGGUGUUUACGCCAAGGUUUGCAUCUUCAACGACUGGCUGGAGAGGACCAUGGCUAGCUAUUAAGUGUGAUCCUGUGAUCACCAUCUCUGCUGCCUUUCUUCCAUCGUUCUAACUUUUGUUUUAGAUUUUUGAAUAAUGUGCAGCCAUUUUCCAUCACAAUCAAUAAAGUCUUACAUCUUGACUCUCAAA